AUGGACAACCCUCAAGAACCUUCCUUACUGGAAUAUGCCAGAUGCCACGAAAUCGCCAGUGACUUCACUGUAAUCGACUCCAGCUUGUUCUUCGACUCGUCUCAGGAUCCAACUGAGGCACAUCAGCCUCAACCACCGCCAGACUACGACGUGCCAGACGACCUGGACCAGGUCCUUCGCAACGACAAACUCAACAUCAGGAAGGACGCCCUUCGAUUCUUGUCAUCCGUACUCCGCGAGACACGAGCUGAUCGGAUUGAUAUCAACUGGGCCGAGAUUCUACCCCCGUUCAAUUCAGCGCAGGACCUCAAGGUUGAGCUCCCUCUUUCCCGCCUCGGUGCGCCCAUAGAGCUUCCCAGCUCACCUCUUCGGUAUAAUGAAGAGAACGGAGAUGCAAGGCUUGUCGAGAGCGUCGCCAACCAGCCCUCUACCGUAGACGCCCUUACGCACUCGCUUGACUACGGACAGAGGGUGGUGGAACAGAUCCAAAAGGAGAGACUCAACUGCUCCAAGAGCGCUUUUCUCCUAUUGAAGGACGUUACGCGACGCAAUCCUGUUCCUUUGAAGGAAUCUCUGACGACAAGGAGACCCCCUCCGCUACUCCUUACCUCAGCCAGAAAUCUGGAAAAUGAACCAUGUGACGACAACCUCUUCGGCCUUCAACCGACUCCCAACCCAGAUGAUCUCAGCAGGAUAGCCUGUGCCACACUGACCGGGAUGGGUGUCGGAGCCGACAGCACACCCGACGACUCUUCCGCAAUCAUGUCCAUAUACUCUCCUCCGUCCACUGCCGAGCCCACCGUUAGCACCUCUCCACUCGAAACGAGACUGGUACCACAUCACCCGAAGCGACACGCCGAGGAUGACCGGGGAGACUCACCCAAAAAACACGCAGAGAACCUCCCAGCCACAUUGGGUGCGACAUUAGGGUCGUUGAGUACAUUCCUCGAGACCAGGAAUCAUCACCACUCACAAUGUAAGACCAAACGUUAG